UCUUGUUGAAAUUUGUCGAGAUUGUGCAAUUUCGUCUCUUAUGUCGGACAUUUUAGACGAUUUUACUUGCUAAUUGCAUGUACGAAAAUGGAGUAGAGAGAGAAAAUGGAGGUUGAGUGAGAAAUUGGAGAAAGAGGAUGAGAGAGAAAAUGCAGAGUAAAUGUGAUCAUUUGAAAAGUUUUUUUUUUUUUAAUUAUAUAUAUAUAUGGGUGGGGUAGUGGGAAGUUACUGGCGGUUUUAGAGGGAAGUUACUGUGGGGUAGGUUGGGAUGUGUGGGGGUAGUGGUACGCGUCGUUUAGGGGGGUGUAGGGAUAAAUGGCUAAACUAGAGUCUAGCCAUAAAUAAUUAAAUAUAUACCGGCUUAACUAAGGCCAAAUCACUCACUAAAGGGAACCGCUAUUUAUUUAAUAAAUAUAUUUAAUAAAUAGCGGUUCCCUUUAGACCCCCAUAAACAAAGGCUAUUUAUUUACCAAAAAUGGCUAACCAAAUUCGUUGACUUAGUAAUUGUUCUUCUCCUUCUUCUCCAACAACACUUAAACUGUUUAUAUUCCACGUCUUCUCCUUAAUUUUUUUUCAAGUCCCCAAUAUUUUCUUUCUCCCUUCAUAAUCUAAACCCAAAACAAGUCCAUAUAUAAAAUAAAGCUUGUUCUUGUUUUAUUUGUAAAUUAAAGAAAAUUAUAAAGAAGACUUUAUCAAUAUUAGGAAAGAACCUCGAAUAUUCAAAACGUAAAGUUUUCUCAUUUUUGCUGCUUCUUUUCUGCUUCCUUUUUUUUUUUUGUUUGUUUAAGUAUUAGUAUCAGAUUUUGGGGGAGCAUUACUCUUGUAUUAUUAUAGGAAAAUAAUUACAAGAAGUCGAUAUUUUGGUUAAUUUAAGUUGCUAUUUUCGCCGUAACUUUGAAGAGACAAAGAUGGGGAAUUGCUUAUGGGGGUCUAAUGAAGAAGUUAGCAAUCCCAUUAUUAAUAAUCCUCGAGAGUUCAACAACUUUAACCAGCCAGGUAUGAUGCGUAACAACGUUAAUGGUGUUGGAGGUGGAGCAAGAGUACAUGGACCGGUGGUAGGACGAAUAAUAAAACCAGACUUGAAAAUAUACACAUUUAUAGAAUUAAAAAGCGCAACAAGAAACUUUAGACCGGAUUCCGUGUUAAGUGAAGGAGGGUUUGGGAGGGUGUACAAAGGAUGGAUUGAUAAAACAACAUUGGCACCUUCUAAAGUUGGUGUUGGUAUUCCUGUUGCAAUCAAGAAAUGCAAUGCUGAUAGUGAACAACAAGGUCUAAAAGAAUGGAAGACAGAGGUCAAUUUCUUGGGGAAGUUUUCACACCCAAACCUUGUGAAAUUAAUUGGUUAUUGCUGGGAAGAUAAGGAGCUUCUUCUUGUAUAUGAGCAGUUAAAUAAAGGAAGUCUUGAAAACCAUCUUUUUCAAAACAAAGUAGAGUCCCUAUCAUGGACAACAAGAAUAAACAUAGCAUUGGACGCAGCUCGAGGCCUUGAUUUCUUGCAUACAUCAGAGAAUACUGUUAUUUAUCGAGAUUUUAAAGCUGCUAGCAUUUUGUUAGAUGAGAAUUUUGGAGCGAAGCUUUCAGACUUUAGUCUUGCAAGAAUAGGCCCACCGGUUGAUGAAUCUCAUGUCACCACCCAAGUUGUGGGCACGUAUGGUUUUGCUGCUCCUGAAUAUAUUAAUACUGGUCACUUAUACGUAAGGAGUGACGUGUACAGCUUCGGAGUUGUAUUAUUGGAGAUAUUAACGGCCUUUAGGGCCUACGACUUAAAUAGGCCCACUGGACAGACAAGCUUAGUGGACUGGUCCAAGCCCAUGCUAAGUGAAAAGUCCAAAGUGAAGAAGAUAAUUGACCCAAGAAUGGACGAUUACCCACCCGAAGGUGCAAACAAGUUGGCCCAACUCAUAUUAAGAUGUCUUCAAAACGAUCCAAAAAACAGGCCACCGAUGUCCGAGGUCGUUAUAAUAUUAGAAAGGAUAAGUACCAUUAGGAUGAACCCAAAAGGCUCCAAGCCCGGUUCUUCUAAGACCAAAAGGCCCCAUAGUUAUCACCCUUCUCCGGCCCAACGUCAAAAUGGUUUAGGUGGAGGCUCCAGCCCAAGACCCAGACCUGUUACCAAGUAGCCUGUCUUUGGCGAAUCGCGACACUUGUAGAAAUUAGGUUUGUAAAACAUGUAUGAUUGUGUGAUGGAAAUUUUUUUUAGAACGAUUUCCAUAAAUAAUGCUUCAUGUAUAUUAUUAUUAUACUUAGUUUUGAAAAUGUUUGAAAAUGAAAUUAAGAGUUUUACUCAACCAGAAUUGAAAUGGGAAUACAUUUUAUUUUUCUAGAUGGUAAAACUCCAUAAUGUAUCGGCAGUUUUCUCUA